AUGUUGGGCCUCUUCUCCCCUCAGAGACAAGCCAGGCCGCGCUCACGACCAGCUCCCAACAGCUCGCGAGGAGGAAGCCCCGCCUCUUCCGCUUCCGCCUUCGCCGUCAUCAUGGCGGCCUCCAGGGAGAAGUACUCUGUGCUGCUGCCCACCUACAACGAGCGCCAGAACUUGCCGCUGAUCGUGUGGCUGCUGGUGAGGAGCUUCGAGCAAAGUGGAAAUGAAUUUGAAAUUAUUAUCAUCGAUGACGGAAGCCCAGAUGGAACUCAGGAAGUUGCUGAGCAGUUGAUAAAGAUUUACGGAUCAGAUAAAAUUCUUUUAAGACCCAGAGCAAAGAAACUUGGAUUGGGGACUGCUUACAUUCAUGGGAUGAAGCAUGCUACAGGAAACUUCAUAAUUAUAAUGGAUGCUGACCUCUCACAUCAUCCAAAAUUCAUUCCAGAGUUUAUCAGAACACAGAAAGAAGGCAAUUUUGACAUUGUGUCUGGAACUCGAUAUAAAGGAAAUGGAGGUGUUCACGGAUGGGAUUUGAAAAGAAAAUUAAUCAGUCGAGGCGCCAACUUCCUAACUCAAGUUCUACUACAGCCAGGUGCAUCUGAUUUAACAGGAAGCUUCAGAUUGUAUAGAAAAGAGGUUUUACAAAAACUGAUGGAGAAAUGUGUUUCAAAAGGAUACGUUUUUCAGAUGGAAAUGAUUGUCCGAGCCAGACAACUUGGCUACUCCAUUGGAGAGGUUCCUAUAUCAUUUGUGGACCGAGUCUAUGGAGAAUCUAAAUUGGGAGGCAAUGAAAUAGUUUCCUUUCUAAAGGGACUUCUGACUUUGUUUGCAACUACAUAGUGGAGAUAUUUUCCCUACAUUCCAUAUAACAUUAAAUUGGAUUGAAGAAUUUAUUUUUGUACUUUGUUAAGCUUCCCUGUGACUAUAAAAACCAAACCAUUGCUGAUUUCUGAUUUGAAGAAAAACACAGACAAUACAUGCAACUAUGGACUUAUUUAUUAACUGUGAUCACUAAGUAGUAUGGGCUCUAAAAAUAAUAAAUUCACACAUACCCCA